AUGGACGGGCCGAGUCCGGGCUUCGUGCUGCGCUACCUUUCAGAGGUGGAGGCGCUGGCCGAGGAGGCGCUGGCCGGGAGGCAGCAGAUUGUGGCUUUGGAUCAGAAACGGAAUCAGAACCGAGAGGCACUCCGGGCUCUCAGCAAGGAACUGGCCAGUUCAGAUGAAGUUAUGGUUUGCUUUGGGAGCAUGUUUGUUCAGCUUCCGAAAACCAAGACCAAGGACAUGCUGCAGAAAGAUCAAGAGCUCUUGGAUGAAGAAAUAGCCAGCCUGCGAAAAGAGCUCAAAGUGAAGGUCAGCCGUCUCCUAGAAGCUCAAGGUAAACCGGAGCUGAAAGGCUACAAUCUGAAGCCCUUGAGCAGCGAGGAAAUGUGGUUUAUUAAAAAAGUGCUGGAGGGCUGA